UCGGGUCCGUCACUGGGCAAGGGAAAAGGCACUUCCGCUGCCCUUUCUCCCGUGGGCCCUGCGGUUCCUGGACCCUCGUGUGAAGGGUACGCUCCUUAGACAGGGGAGGGAUAGAAGCGGGCCGGCACCUCCUUCUAACCUCUGGUGCUGCCGGCCUCAGGAGCGGACAUGGCCCAGAACUUGAAGGACUUGGCGGGCCGGCUGCCCGCGGGGCCCCGAGGCAUGGGCACAGCGCUGAAGCUGCUGCUGGGAGCCGGCGCCGUGGCCUACGGCGUCCGCGAGUCCGUGUUCACCGUGGAAGGCGGGCACAGAGCCAUCUUCUUUAAUCGAAUCGGCGGCGUGCAGCAGGACACCAUCCUGGCCGAGGGCCUUCACUUCAGGAUCCCCUGGUUCCAGUAUCCCAUCAUCUAUGAUAUUCGGGCCAGACCCCGAAAAAUCUCCUCCCCCACAGGCUCCAAAGACUUGCAGAUGGUGAAUAUCUCGCUGCGAGUGCUAUCUCGACCCAACGCACUGGAGCUUCCCAGCAUGUACCAGCGUCUGGGGCUAGACUACGAGGAACGAGUAUUGCCUUCCAUUGUCAAUGAAGUGCUAAAGAGUGUGGUGGCCAAGUUCAAUGCCUCACAGCUGAUCACCCAGCGGGCCCAGGUGUCCCUAUUGAUCCGACGGGAGCUCACAGAGAGGGCCAAGGACUUCAGCCUCAUCCUAGAUGAUGUAGCCAUCACAGAGCUGAGCUUUAGCCGAGAGUAUACAGCUGCUGUAGAAGCCAAACAAGUGGCCCAGCAGGAGGCCCAGCGGGCCCAGUUCUUGGUGGAAAAGGCAAAACAGGAACAGCGACAGAAGAUCGUGCAGGCCGAGGGUGAGGCUGAGGCUGCCAGGAUGCUUGGAGAAGCACUGAGCAAAAACCCAGGCUACAUCAAACUGCGCAAGAUCCGGGCAGCCCAGAACAUCUCCAAGACGAUCGCCACAUCACAGAACCGUAUCUUUCUCACUGCCGACAACCUUGUGCUGAACCUGCAGGAUGAAAGCUUCACCCGGGGAAGUGACAGCCUCAUCAAGAGUAAGAAGUGAGCCUGGUGUCCAGGAACUCCACCCCCAGAGAGGACAUGGAUCUUCUUCUCCCCUGGUUUUCAAGGAGCCAGCUAGGGGUCCAGCACCCCAUCUCCAGUAUCAGUGUGAUGGCCCCCUAUGCACUGGUCCUCCCACCCCUAUUGGAUUAACGAAGACUGACCCUUCUUGAGGGUGUUGGCCUGGGUGUUAGGCCAGUGUGUGAUUUUUCAGUGAUUUCCUACAGAGUUGGUUCCCUCCUUCAAAGUUGGGAGGAGAUAACCGUCAUCCCAGGAAUUCUAAUAAAUUUUUAUUACUAAAGCCUAA